AGGACCUUUUUCCGUGCCGCUUUCUCCUUCUUCCCAGCAUUCCUUUUAACUCGUUCGCAUGGCUCACUGAGUUUUGCGCCACCCGGCACUUCGCGCCCAGGGCUUUGGUGACGUCAUGUUCCUGCGCCGCGUGGACGCCCGCCGGUGAAAGAAGGAAUAGCUCAACCGCCCUUCGCCUCCUUUUGUUGGACUGCCGCUCCUUCCGAAUCAUGGCGCCAUCGCUGUGGAAAGGGCUUGUAGGCGUCGGCCUCUUUGCCCUAGCCCACGCUGCCUUUUCAGCUGCGCAGCAUCGUUCUUAUAUGCGACUAACAGAAAAGGAAGAUGAAUCACUACCGAUAGAUAUAGUUCUUCAGACACUUCUGGCCUUUGCAGUUACCUGUUAUGGCAUAGUUCAUAUCGCAGGGGAGUUCAAAGACAUGGAUGCCACUUCAGAAUUAAAGAAUAAGACAUUUGAUACUUUAAGGAAUCACCCAUCUUUUUAUGUGUUUAAUCAUCGUGGCCGAGUGCUAUUCCGGCCUUCGGAUGCAACAAAUUCUUCAAACCUCGAUGCAUUGUCCUCUAACACGUCAUUGAAGGUUUUAGGAAUCCUGAAAAAACCAUAUAAGACCUGCAUUUUGCAGCACAAGAGUCAAAUGGUCUUUAGUUCUUAUUAGACCAACUUCUUUAAGAAGACCAAAGUGGUGAUUUUGCAGUUUUUCUUAGGUCCCCUAAAGAGUGACUCUGCUUUUGUGGAUACUUGCCAAUUUAUCAAUGGUUUCUCUCCAGACUCCACUCCCAGAUACCUUCUAACAUCAGCUGUCUUGUUUCAUCACUCUGAGAUUCUGUGUGCAGUGAACAAUUUUUGUGUCAGAAAUUCUAUCAUAACAUAUGUAUUUAACAAGUUAAUCUUGGUGUAAAACUACUCAUGUUGUUUUGUUGUAAAACUUUCACUGAUUAUAUAAUGUAAGUCUAGUUGAAAGUAGACCAAAAAGACAAUUUAUGACUUUAUUAUCUUGCCUAUGUAGAAUAGUAUUGAUUGAGGAAAACUGAUUGCCAUUAGCCAGUUUCAUUCAUACAAAGUCUAUUGGCUUAUUUAGUGAAUUAGUGAAAAUAAAGGAAAUGUGUCAUUUAAUCUAAAGGCACAUGCAAAAAAUUGUUCUACAUAUUUGGAGCUAAUCCAUUUCAGUUCUCUUAGAAAGUUAAGAUCAUUUAAGAAGUUGCUUUGUAGCUUCUGAUUGAGAGCUGGCUUGGCAUUUUAUAUCUUCACUAUGGCGCUAAAGGUGCGUAUAAGGACACAGCAUUGAAUAUUUUUCAGAAACGGUAAUCUUACUCUUAGGAAAAUUGGAGUAGCUUUUUUAGCUAGGAAACUAAGACGCUCAACAUUACUUUGUAGAGAUUAUUGCUUAUCACAAGCAUCAACACAUUAAUUUUGUUAAAUUAUAUAGGUGUAAAGGGAAUAACUGCGGAUUUUGAUAGGAAACCCACCUCAAGCUUGUGUGUGUGUGUGUGUGUGUCUGUCUGUCUUUGUUGUUUGUUUGUUUCAAGCAGGAUCUUGAUAUCCAGAUACUCCUACACUUGCUGGCAUAUUUUUUCAUUAGGAAUGAACCUCAGCCUUUCUACCCAGUGAGGCACAGCCUCAAAGGAUAAGAUUAUGUUGUCAUUGAUUUGUUUUUGUUGUUUUUGUUUGUAAACAAGAUUUCACAUAACCUGAGCUAGCCUCAACCUCACUAUGUAGCCAAGGUUGAUCUUCAUGCCUCCACCUCCUCAGUGCUAAGAUUAUAGGUGCUGCCACUACACCUGGUUUUCUGGGUCCUGGGCAUUGAUCCCAUGGCCUUAUGCAUGCUAAGCAAGCAUUCUAGAAACUGAGCUACAUCCCAGCCUCCUGGCGUUGGCUUAUUUUUCUUUUGUUUUGCUAAGUCUGUGUAGCACUGACUGUUCAGAAAUUUCUACUCAGAAAUCUACUGAUUGCCUAAAAUAAUUUACAAACAGUCUAAAAAUGUGAAGUCAAGCCAGGUGUGGUGGCAUGUGCAUGUAAUCCUAGCACUUAGGAGGCUGAAGCAGGAUCACAAGUCUGGGGCAAAUCUAGGCUAUCUUAGUGAAUCCCUGUCUUAACCCCAACCCCCCAAAAAAGUGAAUGCAAGGACUAUGGUGAUGAUAGUGAAAUCAAAAUGGCAUGCAAGAAGCAUGCUGUAUAUCAGGCUUUUCUACCAUUCUCGUUGACUAUUACUUGUUUUAUUCUCUUGGGGGACUGUCUUCCCUUCUUAAUGUUUUUUCAUAAUAAUGUUACUGAGAAUUAAUCUACAUGCUUUGUAAUUUCAUUCUUUUAAAGAUGUGGCUCACACCUGUAAUUCUAACACUCAUGAGGCCAAGGCAGGAAAGUUGUCACACAAAUUCAAGGCCAGAUUGAGAUACACAUUGAGACUUUAUCUUUAAAGAAGUUAUACAAAUUUAAGAGAGUACAAUUAAGUAACUUUUAAUAUAAUCAUAAAAUUAUGCAACUACAUGAUAAGUCAUGGCCAUUUUUCUAACCCCAAUGAAGCCCUGUAUUCCUUAGUAGUCACCUCUGAUUUCCUCCCAGUGUGUCUUACCUAGGUCCCAGGGAACCAAUAGUCUAUAUUUGCAUAGUCUGAUCAUUUACUAACAAUGAAUUCAUGCAAUAUUUAGUCUUUGCAAACAAUUUCCUAAGUACGGUUUCCUGUGUGGAGUGAACACUCAUCUUGAGAACCUAUAACCUACUACAGUGAGAGGAAGUGGUUGAGGGGCUAGUGGUAGACGGCUUGUCUAGCCGGUUCAUCCCCAGUAUCACAGGAAAAACAGUAGUUAAGUAAUGAAUUUAAAGAGGGAAAUCCAAUACCUGACAGAGUUCUCAGUUAAUCUUGUUACAUAGACUAGCCAACCAUCCAUUCUGUACUACUGCUUCUAAUAUUUCUUUAGUUUUUACAAUGGAUGUUAAAAAUCUAUUCUUGCCUACCCAGCCAAGAAAAUCCUACUAAAAAUAAUGCUAAUUUUUUGGCAAAUAAUUGACAUAGUAAAUUUUAAAAGUCUCUACCUUUAUGGACAGCUUGUAUACCUCAGACCAGGUAAACGUCCCAAAUUUUUUUAAAAAUCGACUUCACUGAAUUUCUGCUAUCUUCUUGAAAUACGGUACUAUAAAGCUAAAUAAGAUUUGGGUGCAUUGUAACAGUGCUAAGUUUGUUCAGUACAGAAUUUUAUUUACAGUACUGUGUGAUAGUCCAUUACUGCCUAGGGUAGUUCAAAAACAGCUAUGUGAGCUAGUGCUAGGUAAGCCUAUACUGACAUAAUUUCAGUGUCAUUAAAAAAUAGGAGACAUAUACAAUCAAAGUUCUCCAGAAUGCAGAAACACUCUUCAUAACCAGGGAACUAGCUAAAUCCUAUGGGCUAAUAGCUCAGCUGCAGGGAAUAAAAAUCGUGAGUUGAUGACAAGUAUGCACAGUAACUCCCUAAUGAUUGCUUCCAAAGCAUACUUUUGAGUGACAUGACAGCAUCUUCCUGGCUGUAUGUGACCUGUUUCCAUGAUGUAUUGAAUACUGUUGUUUGUGAGCCUUGAUGCCUGUAACACCAAUAAACCCAUUUUUGAAUAUGUUUCCUCUCUUUAAAUGACCUUGCCCUGUCCAAUAAAUAAGUGAUUGUCUCA